UCAAUAUUUCAAAGUGUCAAAGUUGUCAAAAAAAUCAAACAUUUCUAUUUCUGCUUCAAAAAUAUUUAUAGUUUUGCCUACAUUUCAGCCAUUUCUAGCCCGUUAACCGUUUCACAAUGUUAUCGAACUUAAGGGGAGUGUCUCCCCUCUCCGAAGCCAUGUCGGACGGCGUACUCGAGAGGAGUCGCGCCGAAAAAGCUCUCAUCACGAAAACACCCACCCAAAGUCAGGGCUUUCUGAACCGUACCAGUGUUAUGAAGAACUAUUCGGAUAAGAACGGCAACGAUGUGAGCAAGAGCGUGCACUCCGGGCGGAAGACCUUCGCGUUUUGGACGCUCGUGUGUCUCCUCUUCAUCCUUGCUAUUGGGAACUUGGUUCUCACAUUCAUUAUAUUGGCGGUUCUCAGACUUGGACAAGGCAUGGAAAGUAUGGAGUUCCUUCCGGAGCAGAAUGCCAUCAAGCUGUUUGGCGACGCGGACCUGGAGCAUGUUUACAAGCGAGACGGGCUGCUUGAGAGCUUCCGGGACGUCCCAAUGAGCAUCGAGAGUGAGAAUGGCUCCGUGCUGCUGAAUCUACAGACUAGAUUUUCCCGAGCGGACACGAAGUUGUCUGUCAACAAGUCCGGUGUGUUUGUCCGCGGCGUGAGCUCCGUGAAGGUGGGUGCCGCGGGGGACCCCGUGUUCAGCACCGCGGCGCAAGAGAUGAACAUACCUGACGGCGUCAACAAUCUGCAUGCUAAGAUGUUAUCAACAAAAUGCAUCCGCUCCCCAGUCGACGAGGCCCUCUCCCUGCGCUCCGAGUCCACGGCCUUCCUGCGAGGGGCUGAGGGCACGCACAUGGAGUCCAAGGAACUCUACUGGAGCGCUGACCAAGACAUCUACCUCAAAUCCAUCAACGGAUCUGUCGUCCUCAGCGGAAAAGAAGGCGUUUUCGUCAGUGUCAAAGAUCUGCCUAUAGCGUUGCCGGCUAGUAAUGAUUCUAAGUGGUACAGUCAAGCGACUGGGCAGUUUAAAGUGUGCGUGUGUAUGCCUCAAGGGAAGCUGUUUAGGAUCGCGGUGCCGGAUGGACAGAAAGUCACGUGUUCGCAUAUUAAUAUGAACAAUGAGUUUAAUCCAUGUGUUUAGUAUGUCGACACUCGAUAUAGAGAGAAAUAAUAUGAAAAUAGCAGAUGGAGUCAUGCUAUUUCACUCUAAUGAUUUGCUUGCCUUCUUACUCCCACUUGUGUUUGGGCCGCCAUUUUAAUAUUGUUUCUUUAUGCGCGACGACGGUUAUAGUCGAUAUGCCAAUGCCAAUAGUGAUGAAUAAUUCUUCAUUUAUAUUUUGUCUGAUAUCACGAGAUUCGGCAAUUUAAAAUGGAGGUAAUGAUUUGUUGUAGCAUACUAUAGUAUACACUUCUCCGCAUGUUGCAUUUAUGAAGUAAUUAUAAGGGUAUACAUAUACGUUUGUGGGGGCGCGUCAUGGCACAAUAUAGACAUAGGGCGACAAUUAUGUAGGUUUAUAUACUCGUAGCUGUUAUUUAUUAAGAAAUAUGGUUUUUUAUCGAUGUUCUAGUCCUGUAGCUACUAACUUUACUAAGUUACCUACACUUAACUUUUUAAUUGAUGUAAAAUGUAGGGUAUCAAAUUUAAA